CUGUGUCUGGAGGUCUCCGAGAGCGGUCUGCGCACUUCCGGACCCCAGGCUGGACUCGCGGUGGUCGGCAGCGCGGACCUGGCCGGUUCUGUGGCCCCCGCGGCAUCUAGGACUGGCAAUGCCCUCCGCCCGAGCGGUAGAGAGGGCACGUGUGGCACAGCCGCGGCUGCGGAGCUGGCGGACUCUGGGAGGGGUGCUGUGCUCGGGGGGUCCGGUGGGCGGCUCCGUCUGACGUCUGCUGGGGAGGGUCGGGGUUCCUGUCUGGUUUGGGGCGGGAGCCGUGGGCAGGCUGGUCUCACUGCUUUUCUGUCGUCCUGCAGCCGAGCCUCGUCGGAGCCCACGGUCCGCAGGGGGCUUAGCGCGCUGGACCAGUGACAGCCUUGGCCCCGGUCCCUGAACUCCCCUGGCGCGGCGCGGCCUCCUGGGGCCGAGGAGGGACUGCUGAGGAAGAGCCCCCCCUCCCGUCCGACCCUCCGUCACUCCUUCGGACCCCACAUCGCAGCCAAGCCAACGGUGUUCUUAGUGUCUUGGCAAAGUCUUAGAACCAGCCUGGGACAAGGUGGCUCGGCCUGCAUAUUCCAGCUCCUUUCUACCCCCAGACCGCCUGGAAGCAGGAGCUGAGCCUCCAGCCCAUGACGAAAGAAAAUGCGCGUGAGAGAGGUGUUCAGAGCCACCCAGCUUACUAGAGGCCAAGCCAGCACUAGCACCCAGGGCUCCCGUCCGCCAGGCGGGGGCUUCCUCCCGUGCGCCUCAGGUCAUCGCUAAAACCCGUCCCUUCCCACCUUCCACCCCUUCAGACCCUCCCACGGAUUUCCUCUCCUCCAGGGGAAGGACUCUGAUAGGCGGUCAUGAAGAGAAAACCCAUGUCUCUGCAGACUUCUUGGACCCAACUCCCGUGUGUCUCUGUCCUGAGUAGGAACAUACCUAAGACCAACCUCGUGUGUGUUCAGGAGAGAGAUAGGUGUGGGGUCCAGUUGAUGCUUCCAGCCACAGUAAAUUUGCUCCUGAACCUUCGUGUUCCUGUUCCUGGCAAAAUGAGGAAAGGAGGAGGAGGGCUCAGGAGAAGCCAUCAGAUCUUGUCCCAUAUUUGGUGUCUGCUUUUCCCGGCCCAUCAGAGAAGGACCAUGUGCCAGGGGUCACUGUCAUUCAGAGACGUGGCCGUGGGCUUCACCCGGAAGGAAUGGCAGCAGCUGGACCCCGCACAGAGGAUGCUGUACCGGGACGUGAUGCUGGAGAACUACAGCCACCUGGUCUCAGUGGGGUGUCAAGUUACCAAACCAGCUGUGAUCUCCAGGUUGGAGCAAGGGCAAGAACCAUGGAUGGAGGAGGAAGAAAUCCUCAGAUGGAGCUUUCCAGAAAUUUUGCAAGUUGACCGCCCAGUAGGUACACAACAGGAAUACCAAGACAAACUUCUGAGGCACGUUGCAUUCCUAGACAAGCAAGAACCAACCAAGAAAGGGCGCCACGAGUGUAAAACAAUUGAAAAGACAGUCUGUCAGGACACAAACCUUGCUCCUUCAAAACAGCAAGUACAUACAUGUGACUCGUGUGGAAUGAGUCUGCCGUGCAACGUGGAUGUUAGCCCCAAUGCCUACCUUGCGAGAAGGAGAUUUGAGUGUGACGGACAGGGGAACUUGUUUCUCUACUCCAAGCUUGAAACCCCCCCUUCCGGAAAGCGGCUGCGUGAGUGUGACCGCUGCAGGAAAGCCCUCCACCAGAACCAGGCCCUGAGUGCCCACCGGGGAGCUGGUGGCGCUGAGAGAGCCCACAGGUGCCUGCAGUGUGGGAAAGGCUUCUCCUGCGAAUCGGAACUCAGCACACACCUGGGGGUGCACGGCGGCAAGCAGGCCUCCGCGCACGGGGCACAGGGGCUCGGCUGCAGGGUUAGCCGGGGAGGUCACCCCAGAGAGAAACCCGGGGGAGAUGGCCGCGGCAGGAUGACGCCAUCCCAGAAGACGAGCCUGUCGGUGCCCGCUGCAGCUCUUGCCGGAGGGAAGCCCUACAAGUGCUCCGAGUGCGAGAAGAUGUUCUCCCACAAGUCCCGCCUCAUCGAGCACCACCGGUCUCACACGGGGGAGAAGCCCUACGGCUGCAAAGAGUGUGGGAAGUCUUUCUCGCGCAAGUCGUGCCUCAUCAUCCACCACCGCAUCCACACUGGGGAGAAGCCCUACGGCUGCGGUGAGUGUGGGAAAGCCUUCUUCCAGAAGUCGCACCUCAUCCUGCACCAGAGGACUCACACGGGCGAGAAGCCGUACAAGUGCAGCGAGUGUGGGAAAGCCUUCUCGCAGAACUCCUGCCUCAUCAUACACAAGCGAACUCACAUGGGCAAGAAGCCCUACGAGUGCUCUGAGUGUGGGAAGACCUUCUCCCAGAAGGCCAACCUCAUCCGCCACCACAGAAUCCACACCCGGGAGAAGCUGUAUGGGUAAAAGGAGAGCUGGGCUUCGGCCCGAGUCACGGCACAUCCGCGAAUGUCACACCUCUGGAUGUUGUGAGUGUGGACAACCCUUCAGCAGGAAGUCCAGUGCCAUGGGUGUGCAAGGGAUGCAUUCCGAGGUGAAAUUUGACCAGUCUGGAGAAUUAGGAAGAGCCUGUCUCUUAAAACCAUGACAGGAGGCUAAUGAUGCUCUAGAGUGAUCUAUUUUUAUAGGCUAUGCCUCAUUAUAAAGUCUAUCUGUCUGCAUUAACUGUGGCUAUGGAGCUUUGAAGUCUGUGAAUAAAUUAAAUCUUUAAGACAACAGAUCUAAUAAACAUCAGAGCAAUCCCAGGGAGCUUAUAGGGGUUAUGUUCCUGAGGAUGCUGCCUAGAAAGAAUCUGAUUUAUUUUUAAGCCAUGUUGGUAAUUGAACAUAAGUGUGAGCUUGUUAGGCAUGCACACUGGAAUAUACAGAACGACCUCUAUCAGGAUGUCUCACGUGAAAUUAUGCCUUUUUGUCUCUGAUGUACACUAUACCCAGAACAAUAAGAGCUUAUUAUUAAACCAGGACUCCAGACAUCAUACCAACAUCCCAUUCCAUUUUUUGUUUACUUGCUGGAUCUGAAAACCAGCGAUUUCAUGACAUCUCCUGAGGAUCUCUCCACCAACUGGCUCAUAAUUAGGUUUCAUAUUGUGUAAGGUUAGAACUCCCUUUUAUGGCAGAAUGGCGGACCACCUGAGGUGAAAGCCGUUCCACUGUAAACGACCAGAAAUGGUGACCAGUAAUAGAUAACAUUCUUUUAAAUGCAUAGUUCAGCUGGCAAGAAAACCAGUGGAGUCUCCAGGUGCCAGCGAGGUAAGCUGAACGGAGAGCCAGAGAUGCAGUUGGAGGGCCGAAGCUGUAGCUGCCCGGUGGGUUUGACUAGGUUUACCCCGAAGCUUGGGUGUUCGAGACCAAAGGAGGACACGAGGCGAGGCCUUGGGGCACACAAGGCAGAGAGUGGGUACGGAAGUAACUUACAAAUUCAGAAAUUUCAGAGGUCUGUACGUACAGGGAAAGGGGGUGGACUAGCAAAAAAUCUCACGCAGAAAGCUUGUCUGUCUCUCCUUUGGGCUCUGAUGGGGAAAAAUUCACCCCCAAUAAUUCAUGAGCCCUAGCCAGCAUCCCGUGUGAGUCAGAAUUUGGAAUUUCCCCUAUUCCUGUCCCAGUUUUAAAACUAACCAGUCCGUAUAGAAAUUUUCCCUGUCUUUGAAACAAAUGACAGAAGCAAACAAAAUACAUUUUGGAGGGAGACACCCUCAACCCACAUUUGUCAGGCUUCUGACAUACAAACCCAACAUGACUUCAUAAUCCCAAACUACACAACACGAAGGACCAAUCCACAGCGAGAGAGUCAACAGACACUUGAGCAAAAUAACAUCCAGGAUUUUAGGGUCGUGGAAACACACAAAAUUCUAUAAAAAUAACUACCUCUACAAAUGAUUAAAAGCAAAAACUUAAAACCACAUGAAAGCAAGGCACAAAGCCAGAUAACUGGUCUCUUUGGAAAGGGGAACACAGAGAAAUAUAGGCAUUGCAACGUGAACAUCAAAAUGCUGAGCGUAAAGCCCAGCGGUAGGCGAUACUCAGCUGCAGAGAAAAUGAACAGAGUAGAGCAAAGCAGAUUCCUAGGAGUCCGUCUACAGAGAAGCAUCUAGAUUAAAACGAGAAGAGCAAGCAGGAGUUCCUAAAAGGCAGACUAGAGGAAGACAAGUACAUAUUCAAAGAAAACCCUGCUCGGAUUUGACAAGACGUGAGCUCACAGAUGCAGGCAGCACAGCGUAUGCCCAGAUGGAUAAACGGUAAAUUCGCAUCUUAGAUACACACCUGUCGAGAGCUGGCUAAGCUGCUCCGCCCCCGCGUUGUCUGGCCGAGCGGUCUGUGGGGACCCGACCCUGACACUGGCCCCCCGAUUGCAGCCGUGAAGCCGCCAGCAGAUGUGGGGUCCCCACGUGGCUUCUCCCACAUCUUGCGAGUUGCAGACUCCCCUGCUCGCCAGCGCCUGACGCUCCUUAGCCAAGACCCCCAUGGCGCUUACCUAAACCUGCUUUUUUCUGGUUUGCAUUGACCAGCAUGGUCCUAGCCUACAGACCCUGAUAAAGUCACGUGCCCCAGGUCCAGUCUCUUUCUGUCUGCUUUCUGCCUUGACAUCCCGUGUGGCCCCUCCAGGCCUGCUGUGUACUCCUCCCCCCCGGGGCCCUGUGAAUAAUAAACGUCUCUGUUUCCAUUUCUCCUGUGGCCUGCUGUCGAACCCGCUGACCACCUUAACAAGUGUUAGUUUAACGUCAUAACGGCCAUAGGAACAGGCGAGCUGUGCCAUCUGGGGGCCCCAUGCUCGCUGGCCUCGGCGGGUGCUGGCUUUGCUCUGUGGCUACUGAUCAUGCAGAGUGCUGCUCCUUUCCAUCCCGAAGUGUGAGCUGGGAAAGAAGCAACCAGAGUCCUCCUGGACCUGGGAGGAUGGCCACGGGGGCUGCUUUGAGAUCCUGCGGGUCUGUCUUCCACCUGUUAACGCCCCGCGGAGGGCGAGUUCCCCCAGCAAGUGUUGGACUUCGAGCGAGCUUCCCCACUCCGAGCACCCGCCCGGCCGAGGCUCUGAGGACCUGCUGCAUGGGGUAACGGCCGGGACAGGAGUGGUGACCCUGCCGGGCCCCACGUGCCCUUACAGGCCAGAGAGACUCCUUCCCUGCGAGCUGUGCUCACAGGUGGCCCUGGGACUCCCAGUCCCGCCUGGCGCCAUAGGGGCCCUCGCGCUCAGGGGAGGCACAGCUCCCUGCAAAGGCAGAUGCGGCGGGGCCCGCGCUCCCUCCGUUGCUGUACACCUUGUCCCUUGACCCCGUGGGAUAUUGCGGGUCCCACCCUUGGCACAUGGUCGCACGGGAUCUAGUAGCCUGAUGUCAGUGGUCCAAGUGCCACCUACGAGGCCUGAGCAAGUUAGCAACCUCAUUGCUAAAGUCAAAGCCCACAGACGUGGCCCUGGGCUGGUCAGCCUGCAGAGUGCCGACGCGUCAGCCCUGGGGGCCUGGGGGUCCGCCUGUCACUGUCACAUUGCUGCAAGUCACUCCUAUCCUGGGGAGGCCAACUGGGACACCCCGGAGAGGGAAGUGGCCACGGGGGGACAUCCACUGCAGAUCUUUCCCGUAAGAGUCUGUAGGGUCAGAUGGGGGAUGGUAGAGAAUCUGACACUGGAGACUAUCGUGUGUUUGAAAGCUGCUAAGAGUCAAUCUUUGAAGUUCUCAUCACAAGGGGGGCAAUGUGGCAAAUGUGAGAUGACGUUAACUAUACUUCCUGCGAUCAUUUUACAGUAUGCGCAUCUAUAGAGUUGUGUUGUACACCUGAAAUCCAUGUCAUGUUACGUGUCACUUAUAUCUCAAUAAAUAAAUGAAAAAAG